AUGACGCUCUCGCUUGCCAACAAAAACGCCAUUGUAACAGGCGGUUCCCGGGGCAUUGGCUUGGCGAUAGCACAGGAGUUGGCACGUAGGGGAGCUUCAGUCCUUAUUACAUAUGUGUCUUCGAAACCAAGAGCCGACAAGGCUGUUUCCGAGAUCCAGAGCAUUGCUCAUAACGAAGCGAAAGUCGCGGCUGUGCAUGCUGAUUCAGCGAAUGCUGCCGAAGCCGCUCGUCUUGUUGUGGCCGAAGCCCACAAGAUCUUGGGCUCCAUCGAUAUUAUCGUAAACAAUGCGGUAGACGGUUCAGAUAUCAAUCUGGCGGCGGUGACCACAGAAAACUUUGACAAUUUAUUUCACGCAAAUCUCUUGUUCCCUUUGCUCUUAGUCAGGGAGAGUCAGCAACAUCUGCGGAAGAAGGCUCGGAUCGUGAAUAUCAGCUCUACAUCAGCACGUCGUCCAUAUCCCGAGGCAAUCACGUAUGCUGCAUCCAAAGCAGCGCUCGAAAAUAUUACAUCGGCGUUAGCGUUCCAGCUCGGACGAGAGUUUGAGGCCACCGUUAAUGCGGUGAACCCUGGACCUGUUAGAACGGAUAUGUGGAACAAAACGCCGGGAUACGAGGAGGUAGAAAAGGCUAUCCAUCCCGCUACAGCCGCGGGUGACCGUAUAGGUAAUCCAACCGAUAUUGCAGACAUCGUCGCUUUUCUGUGUGAAGAACAGUCGAGGUGGAUUAGUGGAAGCACGGUCUGCGCGAACGGAGGGUAUGUUCCAACAUGA